UAUUUCGACAGACAAACAUGUUUUAAUCUUCUGUCUAUUUACAUUUCGAAUUGAUAAGGUUUGAAAUAAAAUCUUAUCAGUUGGAAUUCAAUGGACCUCAGUAAGAUUUGGGAUAAAGAUGGAAGCAGUGGUGAAGGAGGAGAAGUGGAGAAAUAUAUGAUGACAAGAGAUUUCUUCAAUAAGCCGAGCUUGUCAGAUCUUGGACCUAGACUGACAGAAGGAAUUGCUGGAGGACUGGACAUCAUUUUACAGAAGUUUCUCGGAGAAAAGAUCAGUGGAGAUCUGAGAGGGACGGAGCGCCUUGGUAUCCUUGGCGUGGGGGAGGUGCAGGGAGAAGAAGGAGGAGGAGGGAAUGACGAGGAAGGUCUUCACGCUGGUCUUAGACAUCUUCUAGGAUACUCCAGUAGACAGUCUAACUACUACUACUCCAGAAUGCCGUGUCAGGAUAAUUGCUCGGGCCAUGGAGAAUGUCUCAACGGUUCCUGUUACUGUAUGAUCCAAUAUGAAGGUCUGCAGUGUGAUAUUGCUAAUUUUUCAUAUCACGUGGCGUUCACAUCAAUAUUCAGUUUGAUGGCUCUAACCUCUCUAAUACAGUUGGGGAUGUGUAUUCAUGCUGAAUACCUCAGGCAAAAGUCUCCAUCCUUCUGCAAAGCAUUGAGAAUUACAACUCAAAAACUUCUUUAUUUUCUCGUGUUUCUAGCUUCGAGUCUCAGAGCACUUUAUUUUGCGUCUCCCAAGCUUGAUUCUAGUCUAUCAGCUAGUCUUAUGUCAGCAUACUAUCCUGUACUACUCUCAGGGGCCUCCCUUGUCGUCUGCUUUUGGGCUGAAGUGUUCCAUCUUGAAUCGAUCAGAUGGGACAGACCAAGAUUUCUCUCAAAAUCUUUUUUGGGAUUUGUGACAUUCAACAUAAUAACAUAUUCUCUGCUUAUUGCUGAACUACUUAUGCUUUGGUUUGGAUACGAGGAUGUUCAGUACUACACUCACAUCUUCAAUGGCUGCUAUGCCGGACUCAUGUUUAUUGUUGUCGUCUUCUUUCUCAUCUACGGAGUUGAAGUAUUCUUUAAGGUGAGGGGAGGAUUUACUGUACGAAAUGUUCCAAAGAUUAUAAACUCAAGGAGAUCUCCAGUGAAAAGAAGACAGUCAUCAAAACAGUUGCAGGUUGAUGAACAGAUUGACGAACAGAAACCAAUGGUUGAAACUAAAUUCUGCGGAAUGAUCCAGUCAACUGCUGCAAUCAGCCCAGCUGAUAAAAUACAGGGUGUCACUCCUUCCAUCAAUACAUCUCAGCUACACCAGUCAAGAUUCGGAUUGCUGGCUCAAGCUUUGAUGAUGAUGGUGACUAUUGGGUUUCUUUUCAGUGAAACUUUAUCUGAAUUUUGGAAACUGAAAGUGGACUUGUCAUCUAGAAAUACCCAUGUUGUUAUCUUCAGAGUGAUGGAGAUUGGUAUUGCUCUGUGGUUUCCAUGUGUACUGUGGAAUUGUAUAAGACCUGAGCAGCUCUGGAUCUUAAAUCCUAAAAAACUGAUCACAACCUUCAAGAGUAAGGAUAAGAUAGAAGGGACAACAGAAAUACUUGACCAGGAGGAUGAGCAUGCUUCAUCUUCUCGUGACUCCUCUACUGCCCGGAGUACAGGGUCGGAGGAGGGAGCAGAGUGUUGGAUCUGUUAUGAUACCGACAGGACUGAUGCUGGGUCUCUUAUUCAGCCAUGUGCAUGCAAGGGAGAUAUGGCUGCUGUCCACCAUGAUUGCCUGAGAAGAUGGUUGGUUGAAAGCUCAGACAAUCCGGAGAGUUUAGUCUGCAAAGUUUGUAAACAGGCGUAUGAGGUGGAAAGAGGAAGUCAAUUUUCCCUCUCGCAGGGAUUUACAACACGGCAUUGGAUCGGCACAGCUGGUGUCGUCUUCGUUAUGAUGCUUGCUGCAGGGGGUUGUUGGGCUGCAGUACAGAUAUAUUCAGAAGCAUGGAUAAAAUGUUUAGCGGUUGGUUUAGCACUUCUUGUCCAAUAUAUUUGUCUCAGGUUUCUGGGUCUAAAUACUGUGACAGCAUACCAAAGAGCGAAGGUGUACGGGCUGAAAAUCAUGAACAGGAGUUUGAACAGAAAUCCUGCUUCCACCAGUUUAGAGUCUAGAGAGUGCAAUGGGGCCAUCAUCGUGGAAAACGCGGGAGACUGUUCAAUUCCCGGGCCAUCUGGAGUUAGCGCGUUCCGGUCAGAAUUCGCUAGUAACAACUUUCCGCGGCAUUUUCGCAGGGAAGCACCAAGUAUUACUAUUAAGGCCCAGUCUCAUUUAUAGACAAUGUUAACAUAGUCAACCUUAUAUUUACAGGUGUCAUAUUUAUCCAUGUGUGAGUUAUAGUUUAGUAAAAUACUUAAUGUUAGUGCUAAAAUUUAGCUAUUUGGGUCCAAUUUCAGUUCAUUUUUCAGAGCACUUUUAAAAUUUUUGACCUGAUAGGCUUAGAAAGCCCAGUAAGUCAUACAGUGAUUUGUCAGAAAAUUCGUAUUUCAAGCGAAAUAAAAUUAUAUUUAGUCAUUCGCUGAAAAUUUAUAUUACUACCGAUUUCUUUUCCCUGUGAAUUUCUUGUCAAAAAAAUACUAUACUGGUUAAAAACGGUUGGAAGGAAGAACAUCAUUUGGAAACGGAUUUGUUGGGCUUUAUUUAUUUAAAAUAUAUAAAAUAUAUAUUAAUUGUAUUUGCCAUAUGUAAUAUUUACAUUUAUCUACUAGUAUUAAACCGUAAAUGUGCAUUGAUAGAUACUUGAUACUUAGACAUUUUUUUCUCUGAUAUAAUUGUAAUUACAAAAACUAAACAAUUCGAAUUUUAUUUUUAUCUAUCUACUUAAAAUUUUAAAAUCUUUUAAGAUUUCAAAAGUUGACUGAACAAUCCGUAACAAAUUUGCAUAAAUUAAAGAAUAAAGCCAAGCUUUUUUAUUUAGGAAUCAUAUUGUUGUUUUAAAUCUAUUUUAAUUGGACUAAUUUUAAGCAUUGUGCGACGAGUUUGCUUACCUAUUUGUGAUGCGGACAAUAUUUAUUUUUAAAAUUUGUUGUCAGUGUUUAUACACAGCUCUGUCGGUUUUAUAAAGAAGAAUACAAAGAAAACAAUCCCCCAUUUCCCCCGCAUGUCAUUUAAUCAUUCUUCUUUAAAAUAAUAAUACUUGAUAUGAUAGGCAUUAAAAAAAUUCCUUCUUCAAAAAUAAAAGAGCUGUAUUUACAAAAAUAUAUGUGUAUAUAUUCUUGAAGAAAGGUCUAAUGUGUUUUGCUUGCUUGAUAUAAGAUUACCAAAGAAUUUAUGUACAUUGUACAGUGUACACUACAGUAUACUGACAACAGAAGAACAUCUUUGUACAAACGUAAAAUUUAAGUUGUUUAAUUGAUUAUGCAUACAGUAGAUCUUGCUUUAUUUCUAGACCCCUUCUUAUACAUAGAAUACAUGUUAGAAAAUCCACAGAACGUGAAAGUUUUAAAGUAAAAAAAGAACUGAAUACAAUCCGAUGAUUCCGAUUAAUUGAAAUGUAAGCUUAAAGGUUUUCUUCUAGAAAAGUUGUUUAAUGGGUACGUGCAAUUACAAGUGACCCUCCAUUUGAAUAGUGGCAUAACUGAUUAACAACUAUAAAUCUUUAUCUGAUCAAGAAUGUGGAAGACAUUGUUUUUUCUAGCUUUAAAAGUGUUAAAUUCCAGUAAUUUUCUCUAUUGUUUCUAAAGCUGAAAUGCGCAAUUUACUUCAUACAGAAACCACAGUAGAAAAUAACCAUUUUUUCAAACAGAAUAUGUCAGAUAUCUCGUACAUUCUUGAUCAGCCAAAGCUUCUAAGGUUACCUUUCUUAAUCGAACAUUUAACUCUACAAAUAGAGGGACACUUGAAAUCACGCCUACAGUCUCUUUACACUUGUAUAAUCUGUGGAUUAAUGCAUUAUUAUAUUAUAUCAGCUAUCUAAUUGUUCUACAUCCGUGAAAUAUAUAUUUAAGCAAAACAUA